AGGUUGCUCCUGCAGUAUCUAUGCUGGAACCCAGUAAACUUUGCAAGGAAGACAUGCCAUUGGAUGAAUGCAAUGUGUGCAAGAAAGCAGAAGGCCGCUACAAAUGCCCUGCUUGUUUGAUCCAUUCCUGUUCCCUGGACUGUGUCAGGGAGCACAAAAUACAAACAGGAUGCACUGGCAUAAGGGAUAAAACAAAAUUUGUCCGUCUAUCCAAAUUUGAUGAUUCACAACUUUUCAGUGACUUCACAUUCCUGGAGGAUGGAGGACGAGUUGUUGAUGGCAUUCAGCGAAGCACCAGAGGCCUGGUGCCAAGAAUCUAUCCGAAUCAAUAUAACAUCCAUUCUUUACCACAUUGGCUGGAGAAUCUGCGGUGGGCAGCUCGAAAGCGGGGCACUAACCUUCGCUUUCUCCCAAUGGGAUUUGAGCGACGACGUAUCAAUAAAACCAGGUGCAGGUUCUUCAAAAAUCCUGACAAUGGGGCAAGAGAACCUGAAAUCACCUGGCAUGUUGAAUGGUGCUUUGACAAUGCCUCCUGUGCUGACUCCCUUACUGUCUUCACUGAUGAAAGUGUGCCUGAAAGAAUGCGAUUGGCAGAGGCAGUGUCGAAGUAUAUAGAUGCAGACGAUGGAGAAGGGGGAGCUGAGAAUCAGAUGCUGUUCUAUCGAUCUGCUGGUCAUCCAAAUAUAGCAUUGCUCCUUGAGGCUGAAGGCCCCGAGAAGAAUACUGCUGCUUAUCAUGAAUUGGACCCCAGUUUAUCCCUAAGGGCCAACCUUAGAGGGAAAACAAUUGUGGAGUAUCCAAGGAUCCAUGUCAUCCGCAAGCAUCACCUCCAUGCAUAUUCCAGGAUACAGACCUGUCUUCCAGAUCUAAAUCAGGUGAUAUCAACUGCAGAUGCAAGGCUGUCUUCAUCAGGAGCAAUAGAAACCUCUUAUCUUGGCUGUGAUUUUGAAGUACCUUCUACAGAUGGCAGUGAGAGUGAAUGAUCUUUCUAUUUGACCCCUGUCUCAAGGUUUCUAUGUUCAUGAUGUGCACUUCAACUUGCCCUCCUCAAAUACAUUGUUUGGUGCAUGAUGAAGAGUGAAAGAUCCUUUAUGUACUGGGUUUGGUAAAAAAAAAAAGUCCAACUUUAGACCAACACG